UAUCACUUGACUAUGCACACUUUGCCAUCGUCAUGUAUAUGGCAUAUUUUUAUAUUACUAGAGUACUCAGGAUGGAUUGUAUCUGACGUUUGGUCGCAGAAGGCGACCACUUCCAUGCUGGAGCUUGGCGAACUCCCAGACAUGAAUGAGUUUUUACCGGAUGAAGAGCCGCCUAAUCUUUGGGAUUAUUCUGAGCCUUUAGUAUCCAAAUCAACUACUUUGGAGAAUUAUCCAGAUCCUUUUGUUAAUCCGAGGGAGUGCAAUCGUCCCGAUGCAACGGAGUCUUAUAUCUGUGACCCGGAUCAUUUGCUUACUAAAGUAGAGGCUGACCGUAUAGACGAACUUUUAAGUUUACAGCGACACGAUUCGCAGCAUCAUUGCGAGGGUUUAGGUAGUGUCCCGUACAGGUUAGGUGUUGCUAUAAUAAAUUGGCUGCCAGCUGAGGACAUGCCUACUUUAUCUAACGAGUUGCUGAAGCGAUGGCGGCUAAGCCAUGAAAAGUGUUCAGAUGGCGUUUUGAUUCUCUAUGUAAUUCGUCACAAUGGAGUGGUUAUAAGUUGGGACAAGGGAGUAGAACCGCUUAUCAAUGCAAAGACAGUGUCAUCAAUAUCUGCCAUCUGCCGUACUAUGCUUGAGAAGGAGAAAGUAGGUGUGGCCAUAGAGCAUUGUACUGCUUUUGUUACCAAACGUCUAACUGGCGUAAUUCUUCCAUCACAAGAAACGCCUCAAAUGCUCGUAACACUGGUGAUUGCAUCCCUCGUUGCGUUAUUUUAUUGUAUGAUAACUAUAGCAACCUUCCAGCAAGAUGCAAUAUAACUUUCUGAUUUAGAGAAGGUGACCCCGCAACAUUUGUAUAAUAAAAGCAAUAUCCCUUCCCCGUGCUUAC